AGGGCUCGUUCCAUCUCGGCUCAGGGACGCCUGCACCCGAGGCCAAGGAAAUCAAGCCAGAGACGGACGGCAGGCACGGAGGAGCAGGCUGAGCGGGUUCCAGGCCGGCGUCCUCUGGGGCCAGAGCCCUGCCCGAGGCGCCAGCGUUGCAGCCGGGAGCUGCUCCAGACAAUGUCCCCAAGCCCGCACCAGGCCUGGGGCUAGUAUGGGCCCUGCCAGGCCCUGAGGGCUGUGCCCCUAUGUGCUGCAGAGCGGGGGCUGAUCGAGAGGGACAAGCACCCUUGGCUUGCUCCGGGCCAUCCAGGGCCGGGCGGGUGCGUAAGCCCAGUGAGUUCCCAGGAGCCGUGCACCCGCGCUCCCAGACCCGAGCCGGAUGCAGCGCGGGAGCUGAGAUGGGCGCUCUGCAGCUCUGCCAGGUGGGUGGGAGCAGGGCCAGGGCCAAGCACAGGCCCCUGGAGCCAAGGCCGCUGCAGAUGCCUCUGCUCCACUCUCAGAUCCCGGGAUGCCUGGCUCGUGAGUCAUGAUAAUUGCAGGGAUGGGGGGAGGGAGAGCCCAGCCUCGGCCGCUCCUUGGCGGGGUCCCGUCCCCCCACCUUCUCCCCUCCCCAGCUGCCUGGCCCAGCAGGUGCCCUCCCCCGUGUCCGCAGCCGCGAGGGGAGCCCAGGCACUGGGGCGAUGCCUGUGCUGCCCUGGGCUGCAUGCUGAGCCAGGAGCGCUGGGCUGUGCACACGCGUGUGCGAGCGUGCGUGCACCCACAAGCCCCUGGCAUCACGGUAGGGCCUGCGGGGGGUCGUGCAGCAGCUGGGCCCUUCCUGUGGCGCCUGGGACCGGCCCGGCCGGUUGCAAGGCCCCGGCCAGGAAAUUCUCACGGAGCCGAGGCAGCUCCUUUCCCAGGACGUUGUGGGGCCGGCGGAGGAGGCGCGUUUGCACGCAGCUACCCUGGGCACGGAGGCAUUAGCACGUGCGUGUGCUCCUGCUCAGGGGCUUUUGUUUUUUCCGGUCCGGGCUGGCCGUGCUCCAGCGGCACGCAAGGACCUUGCAGUUUGGCAGCUGCUUCAGCCAGCUCAGAGAGGGGCAGAAUGGGGCAGCCUCCCACCGCGCCCCGGGGCAGUGGGGGGAUGCCAGCGCCCUGACACCCCCGGGGCGAGGAUGUGACAGCGCGGCACGGAGCCAGGCCCACGCAGCCGCCCCCACCCGCGGCACGGCCCGGUCCCCAGCAGCCACGGGACCACGCAGCCCUGCCCGCUGCACCGGGCGAUGGUACGGGCGCUCGGAGCACACGCCUGCUGGGUCCUGGGUGUGGACGGCGUGCGGCAGGUCCUCCGAUGCCCGCGCCGCCCUGCCCGCGCCGGGAAUGGAGUGAGCCCAUGAGCCCGCUGCGCAUCAGCGUGGGAGGCCUCCCCGUGCUCGCCUCCAUGACCAAGGGCGCCGACCCGCGGUUCCGCCCGCGCUGGCGCGCCAUCGUGCUGUCCUCGGCCGGCGUGGGCCUGGUGCUGCUGCUGCUGUGCCUGCACCGGCCCCCCGCGGCCCGGCCGGCCCCCGGCGGCACGCGCGGCUGGCGGGGCGGCGCGCGGGCGUCGGGGGGCGGCUACAACGACACCUACCCGCUGUCCCCGCCGCAGCGCAACGCCGAGGGCGUGCGCUAUCGCAUCGGCGUCAUCGCCGACCUGGACACGCGGUCGCGGGGCGCCCGGGACCACACCUGGUUCAGCUACCUGAAGAAGGGCUACCUGGUGCUGUCGGCCAGCGGGGACCGCGUGGCCGUGGAGUGGGACGCCGAGGACUGCGUGCUGGAGUCGCACCUGGCCGAGAAGGGCCGCGGCAUGGAGCUGUCCGACCUGGUCGUCUUCAACGGCAAGCUGUACGCCGUGGACGACCGCACCGGCGUGGUCUACCAGGUCGAGGGCACCAAGGUGGUGCCCUGGGUGAUCCUCUCGGAUGGGGACGGCACCGUGGGCAAAGGCUUCAAGGCGGAGUGGCUGGCAGUGAAAGACGAGCACCUGUACGUGGGUGGCCUGGGCAAGGAGUGGACCACGACCACUGGGGAGGUGGUGAACGAGAACCCCGAGUGGGUGAAGGUGGUUGGCUACAAGGGGGACGUGGACCACGAGAACUGGGUCUCCAACUACAACGCGCUGCGGGCAGCCGUGGGCAUCAGGCCCCCAGGCUACCUGAUCCACGAGUCAGCCUCUUGGAGCGACACGCUGCAGCGCUGGUUUUUCUUGCCCCGCCGAGCCAGCCACGAGCGCUACGACGAGAAGGAGGACGAGCACCGCGGCACCAACCUGCUGCUCAGCGCCACGCAGGACUUCAGGGACGUGGCCCUGCGGCGCGUCGGCGACGUGGUGCCCACCCAUGGCUUCUCCGCCUUCAAGUUCAUCCCCGACACCGACGACCAGAUCAUCGUGGCCCUCAAGUCGGAGGAGGACCAGGGCAAGGUGGCCAGCUACAUCCUGGCCUUCACGCUGGACGGGCGCCUGCUCCUGCCCGAGACUCACAUUGGGGACGUGAAAUACGAGGGCAUCGAGUUUAUAUAGCAGAGACUUGCAACGGGACACAGGGCUGGGGCCGGAGCACUGCUCUUGGGCUCGGCAGGUCCAAGCCACUGGAGAGGCGCCGGGCCAGCUCCCGGCAUGCGGCUGGCCGGUGGCCCCAGGCUGGACCCGGGCGCCGCCUGGCAGAGGUUGGCACAUCCGGUAAAAGAGCCUGGCUGCA